CAGCUCACUACCGGGGACGCCGCCACCGCCUCAGCUUCCUCCACACGCGCUCUGAUCCUCGCGCCUCGAGCCGCUAGCUUGGCCCGUCGGCGACCUCGGACGGGAUGGCGGAGCUGGAGGGCCUGGAGUUCGGCAAGUCCGACUUCGUGCUGCUGGACGAGGUGACGAUGGAGCAGUUCAUGGAGAACCUGAAGCUGAGGUUUGAGAAAGGUCGCAUCUACACCUACAUCGGGGAGGUGGUGGUGUCCGUUAACCCCUACAGGCAGAUGGAGAUCUACGGGAAGGACGCCAUCGAGGCGUACCGCGGCCGGGAGCUGUACGAGAACCCGCCGCACCUCUACGCCGUGUCCGACGCCGCCUACAAGGCCAUGAAGAGGCGAGCCAAGGACACCUGCAUCGUCAUCUCAGGCGAGAGUGGAGCAGGAAAAACGGAGGCCAGCAAAUACAUCAUGCAGUACAUCGCAGCCAUCACCAACCCGAGCCAGAGGGCGGAGGUGGAGAGCGUGAAGAACGUGCUGCUCAAGUCCAACUGCGUCCUGGAGGCCUUCGGCAACGCCAAGACCACCCGCAACGACAACUCCAGCCGCUUCGGCAAGUACAUGGACAUCAACUUCAACUUCAACGGCGACCCCACGGGAGGACACAUCAACAACUACCUGCUGGAGAAGUCCAGGGUGGUGCAGCAGCAGCCGGGGGAGAGGAACUUCCACUCGUUUUACCAGCUGCUGCGCGGAGGCUCUGAUGAGAUGCUGAAGGCCUUUAACCUGCACAGCGACCCAGCGGCGUACGCGUUCACCAGAGAGGGAGCAGCAGCCGCCACCUCCAACAACGACCGAACGAGCCUCAAAGCUGUGAUGAGUGCCCUGGAGGUCAUCGGCUUCUCAGUGGAGGAGAUUCGCUCUGUGUAUCAGAUCCUGGCCUCCAUUCUACAUCUGGGAAACCUGCAGUUCGAAAGCGACAACGAGAGCGUCCAGAUCCGCGGGGCGGACGCGCUGGCCCACGUCGCCGAGCUGACGGCCACGGACCCAGACGGCGUCAGCAGCAGCCUGCUGUUCCGCACCGUGGCCACCGGGGGCGGCGAGGUCAUCCAGAAGGGCCACACGCAGCACGAGGCCUGCUUCGGACGCGACGCCUUCGCCAAGGCGCUGUACGAGAGGCUGUUCGGCUGGAUCGUUGGCCGCAUCAACUGUGUGAUCGAAGUCAAGGACUACGACCCAGUGCUUCAUGGGAAGAACACCGUCAUCGGCGUCCUGGACAUCUACGGCUUCGAGAUCUUUGACAACAACAGUUUCGAGCAGUUCUGCAUCAACUACUGCAACGAGAAGCUGCAGCAGCUCUUCAUCGAGCUGAUCCUGCAGCAGGAGCAGAGCGAAUACCAGCGGGAGGGCAUCGCCUGGCAACACAUCAACUACUUCAACAACCAGAUUAUCGUUGACCUGGUGGAGCAGCCUCACAAAGGCAUCAUCUCCAUCCUGGACGAGGCGUGUCUCACCGUGGGUAACGUCACCGACACGCUGUGUCUGGACAGCAUGGACACCAAGCUGGCGCAGCACCCGCAUUACACCUCGCGCAAGCUCAGCCCUUCUGAUAAAUCCAUGGACUUCCAGAAACACUUUCGCAUUCGCCACUACGCUGGAGACGUCACAUACUCAGUCGAGGGCCUCUUGGACAAAAACAAGGACCCCCUUUUCCAGGACUUCAAGCGUCUCAUGUACAACAGCGCCAACCCGGUCCUGAAGGAGAUGUGGCCAGAUGGUCAGCUGAGCAUCACGGAGGUCACCAAGCGCCCCCUGACCGCCGCCACCCUCUUCAAGAACUCCAUCGUGGCCCUGGUGGACAAACUGGCCUGCAAGGAGCCCUACUACGUGCGCUGCAUCAAGCCCAACGAGAUGAAGUCCCCGGUGCUGUUCGAGGACGCGCGCUGCCGGCACCAGGUGUCCUACCUGGGCCUGCUGGAGAACGUGAUGGUGCGCAGGGCGGGCUUCGCCUACAGGCAGCACUACACGCGCUUCCUGCAGCGGUACAAGAUGACGUGUGAGUACACGUGGCCCAACCACCUGAUGGGGUCCGACAGGGACGCGGUGGAGGUGGUCAUCAGCCAGCACGGCUUCCAGGGCGACGUGGCGUACGGUCACACCAAGCUGUUCGUCCGGACGCCGCGGACCCUCUUCACCCUGGAGCAGGAGCGGGCCGCGCUCAUCCCCAUCCUGGUGCUGUUCCUGCAGAAGGUGUGGCGCGGGGCGCUGGCUCGCAUGCGCUGCAGGCGGAUGAGGGCCAUCUACGCCAUCAUGCGCUCCUACAAGCGCUACAAGGUGAAGGCUCACUUCUGGGAGGUGGAGCGGAGGUUCGCCAGCGUGCGCACCAUGGCCGACUACGGGAAGAGCGUGGAGUGGCCGAGGCCGCCUGCAGCGCUCGCCCAGUUCCACAACAACACAGUGAUGCUUCACCGCAGGUGGUGGGCGAGGCAGAUCGUCAAGAACAUCCCUCCGUCUGACAUGCUGGAGGUCCGGGCCAAAGUGGCCGCGCUGACGGCUCUGGGGGGGGAGAGGAAGGACUGGGGCAUCAGCAGAGCCUGGGAGCGGGACUACCUGGCCAACACGCGAGACAGCCCCCAGACCAGCUCCUGCUUCCGGCGCGUCUCCAAGGAGCUGAGGAACAGAGACGAGUACAGUCAGGUCCUCUUCUCCGGCUUCUGCAGGAAGGUGAAUAGAUUCAACAAAAGCACAGACCGCGGCCUCCUCAUCACUGACAAGUACGUCUACAAACUAGAGCCCAAGAAGCAGUACAAGGUUCUGAAGCGGCUUCCUUUAGACAACUUUACAGGUCUGAGCGUGACCAGCGGAGUGGACCAGAUGGUGGCGCUGCACACGUCCUCCCAGGACGACGUGCUGCUGUGUCUGCAGCGCGGGGAGCUGGCCCCCAACCAGGACCGGGUGGGCGAGCUGGUGGGCUCGCUGGUCGACCACUUCACACGUGUGAGAAAGGCCCCGUUUCCCGUGAAGGUCUGCCGUGCGGCUCUGCAGCUUCAAAUGCGUGGAAAAGCCAAAAGCGUGACGGUGGAAACCAAACCCGGCCAGAACCUCGCAGAUUUCAGGAAGAGCCGGGACGGAUUCGUCCUGCUGGUCCCCGGGAACUGAAGCGUCCACGCGGCGUCCACGCGGCACCGGGGACUCGCACCGCGCCAUAAUUAGGAAUUCUCCCCAUAGUUUGGUGAGGUUUUAAAGUCUUAACCCAGGGCAGAGUUGCUGGCAGCGUCCACGUCCUAAUCCUGAGCUGCAGGACAAUGUUCACCAGACGAUCACAAACGGAUUUGGGAGAAAAUGUGGACGACGAAGAGGUUUUUAACGCCGGUGCAGAGACACUGAAGAGCAGUAUUAGUAUUAUUCAUUUAAAAAAAAAAAAAACAGAAGUAAAUGCACUUUUAAUAAUAAAUUAAACACAGCAAUGCGUAAUUACAGUCAAGUCCAACAUGUUUAUUUUUUAUACAGAGUAGAAAUCUUUCAUGCUAAAGCUCUUUUCAUGCAUUUUCUGCUGCUGCUCAUGACACAGACAGUAUUCUAUAGAAGUAAAGGAAGAAGAAAGGAAAGACACACAAUGGAAGGAAAUAAAUUAUUCAAGAUUUGC